CGAACCUCCUCCUCCAUAGCCAUGCGGACUUUUUUCACGUUUCAACACAAACACUGGCUGCGUGAAGGUGUUUCAAGUCGUCUUUUCAUUUCCCCCGAUUCACAAUAAAGAGGCGCGCGAUGCAGGUGGUGCAGAUGCUGAGGGGCGCGGUGAAGUAUGCUGGGAGCGGUCCCCGAUUGAUCUCGGCGGUGCGCGCUGUGAGUUCAUCCUCACAACACUUUGGGAUAACUCGUCCCCCGUCCUGCACCAAUACCGACCACCCCAAAGUCCUCAUCACUGGAGGGCUUGGUCAGCUCGGGGUGGGGCUCGCCAAGUUGCUAAGGAGACGCUUCGGAAAGAACAACGUGAUCCUGUCUGACAUCCGGAAACCCCCCAACCAUGUCUACCAUAAUGGGCCGUUCAUCUUCUCAGACAUCCUGGACUACAAAAACCUCAGGGAGAUCGUGGUGAACAACAACAUCAGCUGGCUGGUUCACUACUCUGCUGUGCUGUCUGCUGUGGGGGAGAGCAACGUUGCGCUGGCCAAAGAGGUCAACAUCACAGGUCUCCAUAACAUAUUAGACAUAGCAACCGAACAUGGUCUGCGUGUGUUUGUCCCCAGCACGAUCGGUGCCUUCGGUCCGUCCUCACCCAGGGACCCCACCCCGGAGCUGUGUGUGCAGAGGCCACGCACCAUCUACGGCGUGUCCAAGGUCCAUGCGGAGCUGAUGGGUGAGUACUACCAUCACAGGUACGCACUGGAUUUCCGCUGUCUCAGGUAUCCAGGCAUCAUCUCAGCCGACUCUCAGCCUGGAGGGGGAACCACAGACUACGCGGUCCAGAUCUUCCACGCAGCUGUGAAGACGGGUAGUUUUGAGUGCAACCUGCGCAGUGACACGCGGCUCCCUAUGAUGUACAUUGACGACUGUCUCAGGGCGACUCUGGAGAUCCUGGAGGCUCCCGCAGAGUCACUGCUCAGCCGCACCUACAACAUCAACGCCACAAGCUUUACGCCGCGCGACCUCACCAAGGAGAUACAGAAAGCCCUGCCUGACCUCAAAGUCACCUACAACGUGGACCCGAUCCGACAGGCCAUAGGUGACACCGCCGGGUGUAAAGAUAUCUCCGCUUUCACGUCGCGACUACAACCAAAGUUUACAAAUCGCUCCCCUUGUCUCCCGUGUUUUCAGCGGACGGCUGGCCGAUGGCGUUGGAGGACGGCAAUGCGCGGCGGGACUGGGGCUGGAAGCACGAGUACGACCUCUCCGAGUUGGUGCGGACCAUGCUGAGUCACAUCGCUACGAGCAACCAGCUCGCACAAGCCUCCUGAGCCUUGCGUAGCUUUUAUUUAUUUAUUUUUCUUGCAACGCAAUACGAAAGAAAAUGCUUUAUUUGGCAGUGAAUGUAACACUGCAGAUUAAGAGGACGUCUCGCCCCGUGUUACACAUUAAAAAGGUAAAUUAAUAUAAAAUAAUAAGACAGGGGAUUUAGUAUUUACAUUAUUCAAAUUAAACUAAAAUACGACCCUCCAUAUCAGAGGCAUAAAACCAUUCCAGACCUCCUCGGCCAUCAUCCAGCUUUUAUGUAAAACCAAUAUGAUGCAAGAGCAUGCUGGGUACUAUCACCGCGUUCAGUCCUCUCUGUGAAUGUACUGUAUGUAAUUAUGUAUUUAUGUUGUAUUUCUGAGAAUAUGCGGAUGACUCUGCCAGCCUGCUGUAUAGGCAGCCGUCGUCUGUAGCAGCUAAACGCUUGCCUUAAAGCUCCCAUCCUGAGAACCAGUUGGCUUUGAGCUCCAGCUUCACUCCCAGCUGGUCACCAAUAUGUACUAUAAGCAUAAACACUGAAAGGCUUUACCUCGUGUUACUAUAAAAACGGGUAAACCUAGCUAGCGUUACUGUAGGGAUAGUUUAAAGGUGCUCGGACCGUAGUUGCCUGGCAUGAAAAUAAGUGUUUGAGAAUGGCUUCCGACAGCCAAUUCACUUUUUCACUACCGUAGGUGCUUUUAAUAUUUAUUUUACUGGAUUUCUGUUGUAAUGAUUUUUAUCGUUGCUUUCGUCCUUUGCGUUGGACAUUCAUGAAUGUUCAAUCAACAGAAGCGUUGGCGGUUCCUUUGAGGGGGAAAUGGAGUUGUUCAGUCUUGCAGCUGUACUUUAAGGGCUUAGAUCUGUCUCGUAGUUAAAACAUUUUUUAUUUAUUUAUAACGCUAUUCUUUGCAGGAUUUUCUGGUUUUUUUCCAAAUAAAUACCUGAAUGAAACCAGCAACCAA